AUGCAGAUGUACAAGGAAGUAGUGGAGGAAUAUGAAUACAGCUACAGCAACAAUGGCUCAGACAUGCACAUGAUGAAGCCUGCUGCUGCACAGCACAGCUACAAUCAGAGCCAUGGCCAUGCGUCCGAGACGAGGUACGAGGAUGGCUGGGGCGGCGCCAAGAAUAAUGACCAUUAUGCCCUCGGUGGCAAGGUGCAUCACGGCGGCAAUGAGGGGAUGAAGCACGGUGGAUACGGGGCUGAUCAGGGGCAUUUUGGUCAUUACAAGGAGGGGAUGGGGAUGAAGAAUGGUGGAUAUGGGGGGGCUGAUCAUGGGCAUUUUGGUUAUAGCAAGGAGGAGAUGGGGAUGAAGCACGGUGGAUAUGGGGCUGAUCAGGGGCAUUUUGGUCAUCACAAGGAGGGGAUGGGGAUGAAGCACGGCGGAUAUGGGGCUGAUCAGGGGCAUUUUGGUCAUUACAAGGAGGGGAUGGGGAUGAAGCACGGUGGAUAUGGGGGCGAUCAGGGGCAUUUUGGUCAUUACAAGGAGGGGAUGGGGAUGAAGCACGGCGGAUAUGGGGGUGAUCAGGGGCAUUUUGGUCAUUAUAAGGAGGUGAUGGAGAUGAAGAAUGGUGGAUAUGGGGCUGAUCAUGGGCAUAUAGGUUAUAGCAAGGAAGGGAUGAAGCAUGGUGGGUAUGGGGCCCACCAGGGGCAUUAUGGUCCACCUCAUCAGAAGGUUUCAGUCUGGGAAUUAAAGAGCAUUGUAGACUAA